AUGGAAGAAACUCUUGAGGAAUAUUAAAAUCUCGAAGUAUUUAAAAGUUUUACUCAGGUUCAUAAUCUUAAUCAUUUGAUUAGUCAAACAUAGCAAGUAAAAGAGUAGUACAAGAAGCCAAUGAAAAUAAGGAGGUUUGAUCCUGAAACAGGGGCUCAUUUUAUGUUCAAUGAAAUAGUCCCUAAAUUAGAGAAAAUAAUUCAGGAUAGAUUUAUCCACUCAAAAAAAUAACUUUUGAAAGAAUUCAAAUCUGAUCGUGGUAAUGAUAACCAAAAUAUAAGUUCAUUAAAGCAAUAGUCACAGUCAUUUUAAGUAAUUGGUAUCAGAUAAGGUAUUACAAAAAGUGGAGUGAGAGAAUUUAAUGACAAGGAUUAGCAGAAUCUGAUUAAUAUUAACGAGGUUCAAGACAAUAAUGGAUUGAAAUAAUCUCGAAACAGUCAAAUUCCAAUAUUAUAGAGAAAAAUGCAACAAGUUAGAAUGAAAUCAAACCAUAAUGCUUAAGAUGCUGGCAGUGAAUUACGAUAAAGAUUUUACAAUAUUUAGAAAUAACAGCCUGGCACAGCUAAUUUAAAUCAACGCAGAAUUAUUCAUAAAAGUUUUGAUCUUUACAACUAACCUAGAUACGGUGGGCUACCAACAGAAGAAAAUUUUGAAAGUACGUAGAGCAGUGUGAUAGAAAAUCAUGCUUCAAACAAGAUAUUCCCCUUAUAAAAAGAAAAAAUACUAAACACUACUUAUCUCUAAUUAAAUGGAAUCAAUAAUAAUAUCUAAAUGAGAGAUAUUGUAGUUGAUAAAUUUCAAGUUGUAAAGAAGUCUCCAUAAAAAGUUUUGAAUAGUUUACUGAAUGCACAAGCUAAGCUAAAGGAGACUUAAAAUGUCCAAAGAAAAAAUAAGACAGCAAAAGAUGCGAUGAUUAAAAUAGAUGGCAUUUCAUAAAAUAUUCAUAGACGAAAUAAUACUUACCUCGAUAGGACAUCAUAAUAACAGCAAAUUCAGGCUGAUAGUAAGUUUGAAAAUACUCAAGCAAGAGAAUCGAUGUACUUGAAUGCAUCGAACACUUAAUCAUUUGGGAAUAUAAAUAGAAGAUCUGUAAAUAGAAUACCUACAACUGAAAUUAGCUACGCUAAUAUUCAUAAAUAAGAUAGCAUAUAUAUGCAGGGAUUUAAUGAAGUCGACAGUUAGAGAAGUCAGUUAGACUUAUCAUAAGACAAUUAAGUCAUCAACAAUAUGAAAGUGAGAAUAACAUAAAAAGAUUAAAGGAUUAUUAGGACUAGUCAUAUCAGUGGAUCUUAAAGAUUAGGAAAAUCUGAUCUACUUGGUCACACUGAUGUUUAUGGAUUCAAUAACCAUAUGAUAAAUACUCGAAUAAAUCAAAAUGAAUUACAUCAAAAUUAAUUACAAUAACAAAAGCAACAAAAUCAAAGCUAGGAAUAAAAAACUUCUUUUACUCAUAGGAAUUCUGCGUCCUCAUAAAGAUAGAAGCAAUAGUAUUAGAUGCCAAAUAUCAUAGAUAUGAUUGAAGGAGCAGAUUCACACCGAAUUGGAUCAACUUCAAGGACUAGAUUUUAGGCUGUUCAAACAUACUUAUCACAAACAUCAAGUGCAUUUAAGGAAAGAUUUUCAAAUAAGUUGAAAAACACUUCUCAUUAGAGAAACCUUAGUUAAAGAUACAGUAAGGAUCCACCAAAGAACCCGUAUCAUAAUUUAAUAAACAGAAAGGAUAGAAGAUCAUUGAAGAAUGUUAAUAUGAGUGCUUAGAUAAGUAGGGAUUAGGUUUCAAAGUUAUUUAUAGAUAUGGUUAAAAAGUGA